GAUUUUGUUGUACCGGACGGGACGUACAGGCGCGCACACACGUUCGCCGUUUCCAAGGCAACAACAUCCACGUUAAGGAUUUAUUUUAACAACAUGGACAUAAAGGGACGAAAUGUCCUGAGCUGUGGAGAAAAUAUCGUAGACAUGGUUGACAUGGAAGAAGAAAACUUUGCUAUUUCCAGUUCCUCGGCUGCAGACGCUGCUUUUGAUGCUGUUAUUGGCUGCAUAGAGGACAUCAUCAUGGAGGAGGAGUUCCAGCAGCUUCAGAAGAGCUUCUUGGACAAACACUACCUGGAGUUUGAUGACUCUGACGAGAACAAGCUCAGCUACACACCCAUCUUUAAUGCAUAUGUUGACCUGCUGGAGAAACACCUGGAGCAGCAGCUGAUGGAGAAGAUCCCCGGCUUUACCAUGAAUGCUUUCACAGAGCUGCUCGU